CUAUGCAACUGACGUGUCUAAAACAGUUUUAGAAGAGGUAACAUUAGCCAAAUAGCUACAGUAGCUUGAAUUAGGAGGAAAUGAUAUUGUAUAUCUAAUUACAUUUCCUGCAGGAGUUGGAAGGAAGUUAAAACAUUUAUCGAAUAAUUAACUUAUAGUGUUUUCUUUUCCAUUUACACUUUUAUUAGUGCUUGUUUUCUUUAUCGUAAUAAUCUUGUGAAAGAAGUGGCAAGAUGCUGGAUUUCUUCACCAUCUUUAGUAAAGGGGGCAUAGUGUUGUGGUGUUUUCAAGGAGCCGGGGUUACAGAAUCUUUCACCGGGCCUGUCAACGCACUGAUCCGCUCAGUAAUCUUGCAGGAACGCAGUGGCAACAAUUCCUAUACUCAUGACGCCUUGAAUCUUAAGUACAAACUCGAUAAUGAGUUUGAGCUUGUUUUUGUGGUGGGUUUUCAAAAAAUCCUGACGCUGACGUAUGUUGACAAGUUCAUAGAUGACGUGCAGCUCCACUUCAGGGAUCGUUAUAAGAAUGAACUGGAGCAAAAGGGUGCCCUUACACUACUGAACAGCAAUUUUGCAUUUGAGGAUGACUUUAACAUGCUUCUUCGUGAGGCAGAGGAGAGCAGCAAAGCUCGAGGUCCCAACUCCAUGAGGAGCUUCAAUGAGUCCCUGAAAUCCCAAAAAACAGUGAAGUCUAUGAUCGAGACGAAAGGAGGAGAUAAGGGAAAGGAACAAGGUGGCAAGAAGAAUAAGAAUGCCAAAAAAGAGGCUCCUGCAGCUGAGCCUGUAAAGGGGGAACAAGCCAAGCCUCUGGCCUGUGCCCAGAAGACAGUGGAGAAUGGUAACCAGGGCUUGACCCAGGAGGAGAUCAUUCAGAAGAAGAGAGAGGAGUUCAUUCGCAAGCGCAUGGGGGUGCCUGUGGAGAAACCCAGUAAAUCCCCUAAGCCACCAAAGGAGAAGCAAAAGGGGAAGGAGAAGCGAGUGUGGACCUUGGGCGGCAGUAGCACCAAAGAGCUGGAUUACAGUGAGAGCAAUGGCAAUGGAGCUCAUGCUGCUGGGGACCAAGGACUGGACACUCAAGUUAACCUGGGGAUGCAGCUGAGUUCGAUGAAGGGUGAUUUGCUUGCCGUGGAUUACGAGUCAAGCGAGGAUGAUGAAGUGGAGGAAGAAGAGGAGAGGGUGGUCAUUGCUGACACUAGCAGGAAAAGCCCCAGAAAGGGUGGUUUUGGGGGGAUGUUUGGUAUGCUCAAGGGCCUGGUUGGCUCCAAGAGUCUGAGCCAGGAGGACAUGGAGCCAGUGCUGGACAAGAUGAGGGACCACCUCAUUGCUAAGAAUGUAGCAGCUGAAAUUGCUUCCCAGCUCUGUGACUCUGUAGCCAAGAAACUGGAAGGAAAAGUUAUGGGCACCUUCACCACUGUGGCCUCAACUGUGAAGGGUGCAUUGCAGGACUCCCUGGUCCAGAUCCUGCAGCCCAAGCGGCGUGUGGACAUCCUGAGAGAUGUUCUGGAAGCUCGUAGCCAGCGCAGGCCCUUUGUAAUAACCUUUUGUGGAGUCAAUGGGGUUGGCAAGUCAACUAACCUGGCCAAGAUCUCCUUCUGGCUGAUUGAGAACGGUUUCACCGUACUGAUAGCGGCCUGUGACACGUUCCGUGCAGGGGCAGUGGAACAGCUGCGUACCCACCAGCGCCGCCUUAACUCCCUGCAUCCCCCACAGGACCAUGGGGGGCGACCCGUGGUGCAGCUCUAUGAGAAGGGCUACGGGAAGGACGCAGCCGGCAUUGCCAUGGAAGCCAUUGCCUAUGCCCGUAACCAGGCCUUUGAUGUGGUGCUGGUGGACACUGCUGGACGGAUGCAAGACAACGCCCCCCUGAUGACGGCUCUGGCGAAGCUGAUAGCUGUCAACAUGCCUGAUCUGGUGCUGUUUGUGGGGGAGGCUCUUGUGGGCAAUGAAGCUGUGGACCAGUUGGUGAAAUUUAACCAGGCGUUGGCAGAUCACUCAAUGUCAGAUAAACCUCGUCUCAUUGAUGGGAUUGUUCUCACCAAGUUUGACACCAUUGAUGACAAGGUUGGCGCUGCCAUCUCAAUGACCUACAUCACAGGCCAGCCUAUUGUGUUUGUGGGAACGGGACAGACCUACAAUGACCUGCGGAGCCUCAAUGCCCGCGCUGUAGUGGGUGCUCUUAUGAAAGCCUGAAGAGAUGUGGCCUGAAUCUUGAUGUUCACCAAUGUUGUGAAAAAUCCAACCAAAUGUCUGGUCUUGCUAACCUUAUCAGGUCUCUGCUGUUCUAACCAUGAUCAUCUGACUGACACACACACACACACACUUCCUCCCUGCUCCAUCCCAGAAACUAAAUAGCGCUAAGAAAGCAUCAUCUGUAAACGGUCGGGCCUGAUUUCAAAAGUAAUUGUUUGAAACGACUGAAAAACACAGACGCUUUCAUCCAAUCAAAUAGAAAAUAACUAUUGGUCAUUCACUUGACUUCCUGUAUACAGUUUAAAUUAACCCCCUUCAUUUCAAGGCCUAAAGGGCUGCUGGAUCGGACACUUUUCAGCCACCACCCCAUUCCUGAGGAAAGCUUAGUGACCAUAGUGCCUAUCCCAUCCCUCCAAUCUCCCUGAUGCAUUGCCACUACACAGGUGGCCAUCUGUUUGCUGAAAUAUCUAAAAGCAGCAGUACACCCAGUAAUUAUCCUCUACUGUGUAUUUCACAAGCUUUCUGGAUGGACACCCCCAUACACGUUUGUGGUCAAAAGGUGAAUAUAGACUUUGGUACAAAAGAUGAUUUAUUCUAAAAAGUUCAAUGAUCUCCUCCGGUUACAGUCAGUGUGGACAACUGGAGCACUAGGAGGCCUCUAAUUUAUUUUGAUUUCUUCCCCUUUGUUAUUCUGAAAACAAAAAUACAAAUCUUACAUUUCUCCAGUCUUUAAUUUGCGGUAGUGCAAUAACAGAAUCUAGUUAUCGGGAAUUGUCAUUUAUGAGAAUGUAAACAUUUAUAAAUAAAGCUGCUAUGAUAGCCUGAAACAA